AUGGGGGAUGACUUAAACCUUACAUCUAUAACUCUUGAUGGGUAUGUGCAAGUUAACAAAUAUGGAGGUGUUUAUUUUGUGAUCAUGUUUACAGUAUAUAUUCUAAUAGUCUGCAGUAAUUCUACUGUUUUGUACCUGAUCUGGAACCACCAAGACCUCCAUGAGCCUAUGUACAUUUUCAUUGCAGCUUUGUUAGUGAACUCUCUUCUUUUCAGCACCGGUAUGUAUCCCAAACUCCUGACUGACGUUGUAUCUGAGCAACAAGUCAUAUCAUAUUCAGCCUGUCUCUUCCAGUUUUUUAUAUUUAAUUUUUUAGGCAGCUCAGAGUUCUUACUGUUGGCAGUCAUGGCCUAUGACAGAUAUGUGUCUAUAUGUAAACCUCUGCAAUAUCCAACUAUCAUGAAGAAAACCAGUGUGAUUAUUUUCCUGGCUUUAGCUUGGUUUGUGUCUGCUUGUCAUACUACAGUGCCAACAAUACUGAGUGCUCAAACUAAACUGUGUAACUUUACUUUGAAAGGAAUACUUUGUAACAAUGCAAUUUACGGGCUUCACUGUGUAGGAUCAAGAGUAAUUACUAUAUAUGGUGUGGUUGCUUUAUUAGAUCUGGCAGUACUACCUCUGUUCUUCAUAGUUUUCACGUACACAAAGAUACUUAUUAUAGCCCAUCGAAGUUCUAGAGAAGUCAGGAAAAAAGCAGCAGAGACCUGUUUACCCCACCUGCUGGUUCUAAUCAGUUUCUUCUGUUUGAGUGCAUACGAUAUCAUUAUAGCUCGAGUAAAAUCCAAUUUUCCAAAACCUGCACAUUUAGUAAUGACAUUACAAAUAGUUUUGUACCAUCCUUUGUUUAAUCCACUCAUAUAUGGACUCAAAAUGAAAGAAAUUACUAAACACCUCAAAAGGUUAUUUGGUCCAGCUAAAAUCAUCUGA